GACUCCGAGCUGCGCUUCUCUCUCUCCCUUCAGCUUCCUUAGGAUUUUGUUUCUCAGGGAUGGCCGCAUCUAUUCUGGAGGUAGGGAAUGUGAUUGAAGACGCACGCUAUGGCUCCAGUCCUCUGGCUAUGUUAACUGCUACCUGUAACAAGUUCGGCAGCACAAGCCCCAUCAGGGAUUCAGCUACACCCGGUAAGAUCGGCAGCGCUACUCCAUUAAAGAAGCCCUACAUCAUGACCUCUGACCUUCAGACAUCUAAGAACGGACGCACCGCAGACGGCAGUGGCCUGGCGGACUCCUACACUGGCUCCUUCACCACAGCAGGAGGAGGAGGAGGAAGCGGGCUGCUUACCCCCACUGGAAGCCCCCCUCAAUCUGCCGGAGGCUACUCUUCAGAGUAUAACCCUUUCUCCCACUCCUUCCAAACCUCCAUCUCCCAGGAUCCGUCUCUUUUAGUGUCCAAAGCCCACGCUACGGUCGACUGCCUCACCAGUGUCUAUACCUCGCUGGAUAUGACACACCCUUAUGGCUCUUGGUACAAAGCAGGUGUCCACCCUGGCAUUACCGCUGCUCCAGCUAAUGCCACAUCCUCCUGGUGGGAUGUCCACCCCAACUCCAACUGGCUGUCAUCAUCCCAGACCCAGGCAGACGGAGGUCUCCAGGCCUCCCUGCAGCCUGUGGCUCCUCAGGCCUCCCUCAGCCCGCAGUUGUCCAGUUACAGCACCGACUUUACACAACUCAACCCAGCUCCUUACCCCUCUGUGGGACUGAGCUCCUCCUCACACCUCCUCCAGCCAUCUCAGCACAUGCUGCCCCAGGACAUGUACAAGCCCAAGCCUGUGCAGAGCUCAGGGCUGAUGGAGAGUCCCAUGGGUCUAAAGCCUGCAAGGGGAUCAGCGGGCUACAGUGGAGGGGGAGCCCCCACCAGGUCCUCAUGUGACUGCCCCAAUUGCCAGGAGCUGGAGAGGCUCGGGGCCUCGGCUGCAUCCCUGAGGAAGAAGCCGGUCCACAGUUGCCACAUCCCAGGCUGUGGGAAAGUCUACGGCAAGGCGUCCCACCUCAAAGCCCACCUGCGCUGGCACACUGGUGAGCGGCCUUUUGUUUGCAACUGGCUGUUCUGCGGGAAGCGCUUCACCCGCUCGGAUGAACUGGAGAGGCACGUGCGCACCCACACACGAGAGAAAAAGUUCACCUGUCUACUGUGCAACAAGCGUUUCACACGCAGCGACCACCUCUCCAAGCACCAGAAGACCCAUGCAGAUUCUGCAAUGCAGGGGAAAGCUGUAGCUGGAGAGGGAGAGACAGAUCCUCGGAGCGAGGAGACCACAGAGCUCAACACCAGCGCCGUACCUGCCAAUACUGUCACUGACCAGAUUAGCAAUGGAGAUGAGAAGACUGGCACGCCUAAUGGAGUGGAGAACAGCAGUGGACUGUUGGAGAUCUGACUUUAUUAAGCCUUGGUGUAUUGGUCUUUAACGGUGAAAAAAAAAUCACCUUUUAAAUUAAAAGAAAAGACAGUAUUUUGUUUCAAGACAUACAAAGGAUAUCAGACCAUGUUUGAAAAGACUUGAUAUGAUAAAUGAGUGAGCAUGUUGCAGGUAGCAAUCACUUUGUUUUCUCUGUACCACACACAAACACACACACACACACACACACACACACACACACACAAGCCUGCAAACAUACACAAAUGAAGGCAGACACAGAUACACACACAAAUAAGAAAUCAAGCCAUGACGUACAUUGAAACAAAUAUAACAUGUAUAUGUGCACAUAUACUGGCACAAAAUGUACUAUGAGCAAAUUUGCCGGCUUAUAUAAUGCAUAUAUGCAUGACACACACACACACACACACACACACACACACACACACACACACACACACACACACACACAUACACACAUACACACACACACACACACACACACACACACACAGGGGUAAACACACUCAUGCACACAUUUUCUGCCUUUCAAAUGAGACAAACCACUAGGGAAAUUUAAUCUGCGAAAGCAGAAGGAAAAGAGCUCUGAAGCCGCAAAAGGAAAGUAGUUUAAGAAGGAGACUUAUGGUUAAGAUGAUGGAGUAUUGCAUGCCUAGAGAAAAAUCAGAUUUACAGCUGUACUUUGAUACUUAUUCAUUAUUCUUGAAACAAUCAAUGAACAGACUUUCCUCUUGUUCUUCUUGUUGCCAAAGAUUUUCUGAUGUAAAAGGUUUUCAUUUCUCUUUUGUUUGCUUCAUAAUAUGUCUAAUUUAAUUUCAUAUUUACAUAAACAAUCUAAUUUAUGUCUUAAAUUAUACACAUGAAAGAUUAUCUUAACCUGCACCUUGCGGGAAAUAUAAUGCCUGAAAUAACGCAAGAUGGUUGAAGCUGGCCAAAAAGAGAAGAAAUGCAUUAAAUUAAGACUUUUUUUCUUAUUUAUUAGUGAUAACAUUGAGCUUGGGGUUAUGUUUUUAAAGAUUUAUUUAUAGAUCUUGAAGUUAGAUGUGCGUGUAAACUAUUUCUGUAUAAUCUUCUAAUUGUGAAAUAUUCCACACCUGGCAAAGUAACUAAAAAAAGGGUUUCUACUUUUUUACAUAUGCUAUAUAUUUACUAAAAUAUAUAGAUACUGUUAGGUGUGUUAUUUUUCUACUUUUUUAUGUAUUUUCUAUAUUUUGUGUAACUUUCCACAAUGAAAAAGAUCCCUAAACUAUAGAAAACAUAAACAUAAAUGUGUUGUUUAUGAUUUUGCUCAUUUUAAAAUUGAACUACCACUGUUUUCUGAUUUGUUGUGAAAUGAGUGUAAGACCGUAAAUAGUGAUAAAGCUUUAACCCUUAUACAGGUUAACAUGUUGUAAAAGUUGUGGUGUGGAACCAUGACGAUUUUGGUGCUUUAAAAGUAAAAAAAAAAAUCUAAAAACA